AUGGUUCUCCGGGGUCUCCGGGAGCGCUUUCACAAGCAUCGCCUCAGGCAUUCCUCCGCAGAUUCAUCUACACUGGAAUCCGGCCGUAGCUCACAGCAAUCCCAGAGUAACCAGAAUCCACCAAAUUCCUGUGUGGCAGCCCCAGAUAGUCCCAAGGAUCUAUGGCAAGAGGCCUUCGACAAACUCGACCAGCCCGCCCGAGACAAACUAUGUUCUAUCCGAAAUGCGGACGGAGGCCUUCACGCCCGUACGGAGGAACUCCUCCAGUCCAUAGUCCAGACCACACAGCGGCAAUACGAUGAGGACGAAAAGCGAAACGGGGAGAGCAAGACCCGCCAGCUACGGGUGUAUGCCCAUAAGACUCUCAGCGCCGCCUUGUCCUUUCAGAGUGUCAUAAGCGCAGCGGCAGCUUGCGAUCCGACGGGACAUGCGACCACGGCAUGGACGUUCGUGUCCCUGGCGCUCACGAUGGCCAAGAAUCGACAUGAUUUACGCGAAGCCGCAUUCGAGUCUUCUGGAUUCAUCGCCGACACGCUCGAGCGAUAUGCCGUUGUGGAGAUGUAUUGUCGCCGUUCGGUAAACACCAACACGCAGGUCCCGUUGGAAAGAUUGUUCAUCGACACCUAUGUCGCCAUCCUAAAGUAUACUGCAGAGAUGGUGACGGUUCGGCAGGCGAACGUCGGCAGGAUGCUUCUUCUAAGUAUUACCGCCCUGAAGGACCAGCCGCUGAGCACGCUCAAGUCCGCCAUUGCGGAGCAAGAUAAACAGCUCGACAGUUGGAUGCGGCUGGACCAGUACCGUCGUCGAGACGAUGAAGCGGAGAAGCUACUCACGCAGAUCGACGUGAUCGCUGCCGAUGUCCAAAGCUUGAUCCAGGAUUUUGAGGUCGCCAAGCUUGUGGUUGCCGACGGAGCAGCAUAUGACUCCUAUGCAAACCAACUUAAUGAGGGGUGCCUCGAAAACACCAGAACCAGUCUACUCCGGCGGAUCAUGGCGUGGGCGGAAUCGCCAGAUGAGAAGUGCAUUUUCUGGCUGAAUGGCAUGGCGGGGACCGGCAAAUCCACAAUCUCAAAGUCUGUUGCACGGAAAUUACAAGAUAAGAACUACCUCGGGGCAAGCUUCUUCUUCAAGAGAGGCGAGGCUGAUCGUGGAAACGCAAGCCGAUUUUUUGCCACGAUUGUUGAACAACUGAUUGUCCAUGAGCCCCGAUUGAUCCCGCGCGUUAGAAAGGCGAUACAACGUGACUCAAAGAUCGCCGCGAAGGGCCUUGUACAGCAAUUCGACGAACUCCUCCUGAAGCCCCUCUUGGCCCUGAAUGAUGAUCUUUCGCAGCAUUCGGUGUUGGUUUUGGUCAUUGAUGCACUGGAUGAGUGCGACAAGAUUGAAGACGUGCAGCAGUUGAUUUCCCUUCUUCCCCGGAUCCAAGAGUCAAAAGCGAUCCGACUCCGCGUGUUCAUAACCAGUCGUCCAGAAUUUAUUAUCAAAACAGGAUUCAGAAAAUUAUCUAGAGAUGACCAUGAUGACGUAGCCCUGCACGAAAUACCUGCCGAGACUGUUGAGCAGGACAUCUCGUUGUUCAUACGAGACAGACUGUUGCAGAUCCGGACGGAACGACAAUUGCCGAGUGAAGACGACUAUAACUGGGCUGACGAGGACGACGACUUCUCCAAAUGGCCAGAGGAGAGCGAGGUUGCGCAGCUGAUUCAAAUAGCCCUCCCGUUAUUCAUCUCUGCCGCCACCAUGUGCCGAUUCAUCGAGGAUCCAUUGAAAGACCCAAGAGACAGGCUGAGGAUAAUCCUCGAGAAUCAACCCGCAUCCCACAUAUCAGUGUUAGGCAAGACAUACCUUCCCGUAUUUUCUUCAAUCUUAGCAUUUGAAGAUAAAAGUGAACACGCACAGACAGUGAAUGAGUUCAAGAGACUGAUCGGGCCUAUUAUCAUCCUCGCCAGUCCACUGUCGGUCAGCGCCCUGGCAUGUCUUCUCGGGAUACCAAAAUCCACAAUCAGCCGUCAAUUGAGCUUCCUUACCUCUGUGAUCUUCGUACCGAAGGACAAAGGCCAGCCCGUGAGGCCAUACCAUCAAUCCUUCCGAGAUUUUCUGCUCGCGGCCAAGACUCGCGAAGAGACCCCGUUCUGGGUAGAUGGUGAAGCGAUGCAUCGGCACGUAGCUCUCUGCUGCAUACGAGUCAUGGAACGAUCGCGGACCGGCUUGCGGAAAAAUUUGUGCAACAUACCGAGUUAUGGAACUUUGCGUUCGGAGAUCGACAGGGAGAAAUGUAGUCAAAGUAUAUCUGAAGAGCUCAGAUAUGCGUGCCGAUAUUGGAUUCAUCAUCUGCAAAGGGGAAAGGUUGCUCUACGAGAGGGUGACGAGACUCACCAGCUCCUAGAAAAACACCUUCUGCACUGGUUUGAGGCGAUGAGCAUCUUAGGCUAUAUAUCUGAGGUUGUGGUCAAUAUCAACAUUCUGCGGAAGUUGUUAGAGGUAGGUCUCAAUCUCAGACGCCGCCGAAAAAAACAAAAACAAAAAAGAAACGAAAGUUUUUUUCUGAUCAAGGUUAAACAGGUGCAGGAUGAACCAUUGCUGUCCGGAUUUCUCUAUGACGCUCACCGAUUCAUUCUGAAGAACUUAGGGAUUGCCGAGAAGGCUCCGCUGCAGCUAUACGCUUCUGCACUUGUGUUUGCUCCGCAAAAGUCUCUCAUCAGAAACAUAUUUGCGAGGUAUAUACCUCCAACUAUUUCUCGGCUGCCAAAUGUGGGAUUGGAGUGGGGCCCAGGAUUGCAAUCUUAUGAAGGCCACAAUGGGAGGAGCAUAAUAGGGGUGGCAUGCUCGCCAGACGGCGAAGUCAUUGCUUCGAUGGAUAAGGUUGGAACGAUCAUACUUUGGAGUACGGUCACAGGAACCAUUCGCCAGAGCUUCAAAGCAAUCCACGACAAGGACGAACUGCCCAAAAUACAGCCAGGUGAUAGUAAGCUAACGUUCUCUCCCGAUGGUAAAUUACUGGCAUCGGUGUUCAAAAAAGAAAGCGGCAUCCAGCUAUGGGAGGCGCCCACCGGGUUACUGCACGGAGAGAUUCCCAGACAUCUUUGGUGCCACGAUCGACCAGCUUUUACCCCUGACGGUACGACAGUUCUCUUACAGGACAUUUCCACCAACCCCCACACAUUAGGCCUCUGGAAUAUCGCCCAACGUGCGUUCCAUCAGACACUGGAGGGUCAAAUUGAUGAGCUUUUGGCAUCAGCAAUCUCACAUGACGGCCAGAUAGUUGCAACUGGGUCCGAUACAGGUAUAUUGAGGUUAUGGAACCCGGCUUUGAAUCUGACAGUGCAAUCCCAAAUCAAAGUAUGUGAUGGUUCUAUCCAAUCUUUAGCCUUUUCACCUCGCGACGACCUGCUAGCAUCGUGCUCUGGCCAUGUCGGGGCCAAGGUAUGGAAUGUGAAAGAUGGUUCGCUAAUUCACUCUCUUGACGAUCUCUCUUUAUCGGUGGCAUUCUCCUACAAUGGUGAAUUGGUCGCCUCUUGCAGCUGGUUUGGCACAGCUAAACUAUGGAACAGUACUUCAGGGAAGUUAGAGUACGAGCUGAAUCGUGUUCGCACUUUCGCUUUCUCUCCCAAUGGCGAAUUUGUUUCUGGUACGAGCGAUGGCAUUGUACGCCUGUGGGACUUACGAGUCGGCAAUCGAGACUCGACUCCCUUUUCUAAUUCCAACUCGGCUCUUUCUGUACAUGCCUUACCCGGUUGUGAACUAAACUCGGUUCUUUCGAUUACUUAUGACGGCUCAAAACUCUGGGAUAUCCCCUCAGGCACUCCACAGCAUCAGCUCGAAGCUCUCGAAGAUCCCAUUUUUGAUCCUAGGUUCUCUGACGACGGCCGUCUCAUUGCAGGUGUUGUCAAUAGAACAGUCAAGGUCUGGGAUACAAGCAGUGGGAAACUAAUCCGGGAGUUGCAGAUCACGGAUAUUGAGGAUUGGGGUAUUGACGAUUACAUCAACGUGGAGAUUGCCUUCCGGCCGGAUGGCAAGAUCAUUUCAUGGUCCCUGGACAGCCUGGAGUUUCAGGUAUGGGACCCAUUUUCGGGGAAACAAAUCGAAACUUUCACCGACUCAAUUGAGCUGUGCUCUUUUAUAGUCUCCCAUGAUGGUCACCUGCUAGCUGUCACUGACGGUAGGAAAGUCAGCAUUCGUGAACCUUCAACAGGGAAGCACUUCUACCUAGAGAAAUCAUUUGAAUCCUGUUUGAUGAUGGCCCUUUCGCCGAACGACAUGAUCCUGGCUACUCUUUCACUGAGCCGUGGUAACCUCAUUGUGGAUUUGUGGGACUUGCCAACACAUGAAUUGCGUAGCUCUCUCAAUGUCGCUGGACGCAAAAUUCAAUUUUCCGAGGAUGGCAAAUGUUUCUGUACCGGUCAUGAAAUAUAUCACAUAGAAACUGACGCUGAGGGGCAUUUGGUCUCUGUAGCUGCUGAUGUUGAUCCAAUACGUGUGAAAGAUGGAUGGGUGUGCCUCGGUGAGGAUAAGGUUCUCUGGCUUCCUGAUGAAUAUCGGCCAAAGAGCGACUGCGAGAAUCUUUGCAUCAAAGAUUCUACAUUUGUGCUUGGAUCUCAUUCCGGCCAUCUCUUAUUUAUUGGUUUUGACAUGCAUGCUAAACGAUAUGCUUGA